CCGAAGGGGAGGAAUCCAAUUCUUCCAGGCCAGACUGCGCGAGCACGGCACUGACCGCUGAGCAUCGACCAGGAAAGAGAUCGAGAGACGGAGCAUCAUGGCGGAGGGUUCGGCGAACUGCAUCGACAUCCUGAUCGCCAUCAUCCUGCCGCCGCUGGGGGUGUUCCUCAAGCACGGGUGCGGGCACGAGUUCUGGAUCUGCCUCCUCCUCACCUUCCUCGGCUACAUCCCCGGCAUCAUCUACGCCGUUUACGCCAUCACCAAGUACUAGUCGGUCUCAUCAUGAAUCCGCACCAGUCUGAUCGACGAGCGCUCCACCAGUUCCUGCGUUCGUGCCAUGCAUGAUGCAGUAGUACUCUUGUUUAGUUUCACCCCGGCUGCUCUUGUAUCUACACCUUGGUCGUUGGUUGUUGAUUCCAGUGCUUAUUUUCGCUGUUCAUCAUGUCUGUACUUUUUUUUAAUUGAGGAUUUGAGGUGUUCUCUCUAGCUGAUGCUGAUGGAUCGUUGCAGCCGAUCAAGGUUAUUGGGAAUUAUAUACUGAUUGCGCUUGCUUCAUCAGCGAGUCCAACCGAGUUGAUUGUCUAUGCUUUUACAAGU